CAACUUCUUCGGAAAGACGCUAGGGUGUCCUACUAGCUUACAGUUACAUUUACAAACAAUUUUGCAGUGGGUCGCCCGAGACGUCUUUAUUUAUUUUUACAGAAUUUGCUGUGCUUUCUGUGCACAGCUUUAGUUACUAAGCAGGAUGGUUGUGCUAACCAACGACAAUAACAACACCGAUGAACGGGACUUAAUCCUUAUCGAUGAACCGCCAAGAUCUCUGCCUAACUCUCCAGCCAAGCGUGUCUCACCGGCCAAGAAAAAGCAAUUCUUCAUCAACCAAGCAAUCCGCAACUCAGACCUCAUCCCUAGAGCAAAGGGCAAGAAGAGCCUUAGAAGACAAGAGAACACUCGCUACCUGGCUAAUCUCCUGGAGAGAGAUGAAUGUGUCAAAGAGGAGGGCGAAGUCUGUGACUCUGCCAUCCCCACCAUAUUCACUGAAGCCUGCACCAAUGGGAACUAUGCCGAGACCUGGAGUGAUUUCAUGAAUCGCUCCGGUGAGGAACAGGAGAAACUGUUAGCUCUGCUGGAGGAGGAGGCCAAGAGGACCUGCGCCAACCAACCGCUCAAGGACCAGAGGGAGAUCAACCCUGCCUUCAGUGCUCAGGACUGCUUCCAGAAGAUCGACCGCAGGUUGCGUGUCUGUCUGAAGCGGAAAAAUAUCCCAAUUGGCACCCUGGAGGUCAUUGAGGAAGAUCUCCUGCGUUUUUUCAGGGCUCAGCCCCAUUCUGUUUACAUCACUAAUCUUCAGAGCAGCUAUGAAAGGUUGUUGCUUCAUGCCGUCUGCCAGUACAUGGACCUCAUCUCCCAGAGUUCUGACUGUAAUGGGGCACGCCAGACCGAGGUGAAGAACAACCAAGAGGAGUUCCUGCCACCCCAACCCCUUCUGUCCACUUACCUGGGCCAGAUGAGCUGAGAGAUGGACAGGACAGAAGAUGAGAGCGAGAUCGAGGAAAGGAUGCAUGGGCAGGAGGAGUCACUGCCACCCCAUUAGCCAGUAGUAACACUGAGGAAGCAGCUUUAUUAUGUGAUUUGGCUUGUAAGUAGGAUUCUGUCAAUACUGAAAUUCUGUAUUGAUGGAUGCUGUAUUGAUAGGUUUAGCUAUGUAUUUCACAAUAUUUCCCUUUGGACACAUACACUCACGAUGGCGCACAUUGUCAAUAGGUCAGUAGAUUAGGGAACAUGUCUCUGGUGGCUGGUUCCUAAAGAGGCGGCUUUAAAACAACAGAAAAAGUAAAGGUCAAAGGGGGGACAUCAUUAUUAGCUUGGUUUCAUAUCACAGGACUGCAUGUCUGUCUUACAAAAUGACCAUAAUGUCCCACACAGACCCAAUUAUCUUCUAGAACAAAUGAUUUGAUUAAUCAUUUUACAUGACCAUCUCUUUCUGAGAGUGCCCCUUCAGUGGAUAGUGCAUGUAUAGAAAAAAAGUCGUGGUUGGGGCUCACAUCUCCCACUCGCUUCCUGUCUCUCCACUGUCCUAUUGAUAUAAAGGCAAAAGUCCAAAAAAUAUACCUAAAAAAGAAAAACAGUCCUGAAGGUGCAACACGUCAGAUAUCAUCCUCCAACAAUACAUACUAGCACAACAAACUUAGCAUGAUGUCUCACUGGCAUUAUAGAUAGGAAGCACUUAUCAAAAGACACAAGAUAUGAAUAGCACAAAUGUUUGCAUGAGCAGAGGGGCCCAAUGAUAUAAUAAUGUGACAUUAAUGCACAGCAUUAUAUAUGAACUGCCAGUAAAGUAAUAUUGUAGGUGUGCAAAAACAAUACUUUGCAUCAUUCACACAGUGCCAGUAUGCAAAACCUAUAUCGACACUGUUAUGUUUUUUAGGGCCCAUCGAUGAUGGAAAACCUACAGAACUUAUUGAAGCCAGUUAUAAGUCGAUGCAAUGAAAAUUAGCUGAUAAUUGCAACAUUGUAUUCAUAAUAAGUUUGUUUAGCCCUCCUGAUGACACACACAUCUUUUUCAUCUAAAGAAACCCGACAUCACUGAUCAAUUCAGCCAAUGUUACUUAAUGCUUUAAAAGGGCCUAGUGCUCAAUGCUUACUGAUGAUGUGUGUUUGAUUAUUUUACUUUAAUUCAUUCAUUUGAGGAUGCCAACAGGACAUUGUCAUGUUGGUGCCGUCGGUUUCUAUCCAGCUGUUACUGAUGUUGAGUUGUAGUAUUCAGUGGACAGCAUUCUUUCGCACUCUUGGAAUUAUUUCCAAAAGCCUAGAAAUGAAUGCAAAUGAGUUUUCUUGCAAGCUUUUUGGUGCAUUUGAAUUCAAAUGCACAAAUUGGAGGCCUUGGACUUAAGUUGAAGAGCUCAAGCCCCCGCCAUCCCAACCACCCCCCGGCUACAACAAAACAAAUGUCCGUAGCUCAUUUUUUCCAAAAAUCACUACACUUCUAAUAUCACAUAGAACAAAUAUUUAUGUCUGUUUUACCAGCACUGUGCUCAUCUGUUUCUGCUCAGCUUGGAGAAAUCUUAGAGUACGGAGAUGUUUGUUCUCAUCUUCUGUCCACUUUGUAAAUCAUCUCAAAUGACCCUUUCUCUCAUAAAAGUUUCUUAGCUCAGGGUUUUGUUCAUUUAAUGUACUUACUCUAUUACUCUUUCCAAGUGAAGUGUAGUUCUGCAUUCAGUCCAAUUCAGUGGCUUCCAUGUCGACAUUUAUCUGACCUUAAUGGUCCGUGAUUGGGUUAUUGUGUCUCUUAAAUUCUUUAUAUAAACCUCAACACAGCACCACUGCCAUUACCAAGAGGCCUCCCACAUAUCUGAUGCACCUUUUUUGUAUAGGCCUACUAUACACACUUCAAAACAUGGUACAUGACACAACUGAUGACUGGUGAGGUACUGUGAGGGCAGUGUAUAAACACCUUGAUGGUACCUCAUUUUCUUAUUUCCCUCAUGAACACAGAUAGGUUUUAAUUCGGUUGUCAUUUCAUUCUAACUCGAUGGGCCAGUGUGCAAACCAGUUGUAUCUGAUUCUGCUACUCACUCCAUAUUAGAAUGUAUACCAUAGAUAGAAUCUUACCCAUCAGGUUAACAACAGCUCUGAGGGAAGUUGUCAUUAUCUCUUGGUACUUGAAAUCCCAUGGACUAAACCCUCCUUUGAGCUGUAAGGUGCUGUGUUAUUUGUAGAGAGACAAGCACCUCUGCCUUGGGUGCAUACGCCAAAGUGGUUGUGUUUUUCGUUCUAUGUGACACGUUUGUACAUGCAGAUACGUGUGUGUGUUUAUACAUUUAUACACUUAAAGCCUUUACAACCAGAGUCAGUGGUUCAGUCAACCAGGGUCAUUUAAUGUCAGAGAAUAUGUUUUUUUUUCCUUUGUCUUUUAUGUCCACUGGUAUCAUUAACCAAAGUCUGCAGAGUCUGUGAUCUUAGUGUCUCAGGCAUCAAUUUACCCUCAUGAAUGUUAUCUGUGGUGUGAUAUCUGUUUUUUUAAAAGUGCAUUUAUGGAUGGGCUGACACAUUAUAUUAUGAACUUAAAAAAUACCCCAAUAUGUAGCCCUUCUAUUCACAGGAAGUUGUGAUUUAGCAAAUAGUAAUAACUUUUUACUAGACAUAUGUUUAUACAUUGCAUCCUCCUUUUUAAAAUCACAUCUGUACACAACAUGUGCCAAUAGAAGAUGAAUAGUCACACUUUGUAUGAUUAUAAGCUUUAAGUUGUCUGUAUAGUUGUUUAAUAUAUGAUAUGCUUAUUUGUAUGUGUGUGACAUUGGUGUGUAUUUAUAUUGUGCAAGGAUAAUGGGUGUGGGUUUAAUUUAAAAUGCUUGAAUUUUAAGCAAUCACAACAUUAAAAUGAAACUCUUGACAGGAUGAAAGCCAUGUACUCAUCAAUACCCUCAUUAAAAUCUAAAAUCAGUUGAAA